AUGGCUCUUCUUCUAGACAACUGCGAAGGCAUUUUACUCUCUUUGGACUCACACAAAUCGGUGCCAGCUCCAUUCCUGACCAAGACAUACCAACUAGUAGACGAUCCCACCACAGACCACAUAGUGUCUUGGGGCGAAGAUGACACCACCUUUGUCGUUUGGCGCCCCCCAGAGUUCGCUAGGGACCUUCUCCCCAACUACUUCAAGCACAACAACUUCUCAAGCUUCGUUCGCCAACUCAACACUUAUGGUUUUAGAAAGAUCGUGCCAGAUAGAUGGGAGUUCGCGAAUGAAUUCUUCAAGAAAGGAGAAAAACACUUGCUGUGCGAGAUCCAUAGAAGAAAAACGGCUCAGCCUCAACAAGGAAGCAUGAAUCACCACCACCAUCAUCACCAGCAUCAUUCUCAUUCUCCGCUGGGAAUCAACGUUCCCUCUUUCUUUCCCUUCUCCACCAGAGUCAGCAUCUCUCCCUCCAAUGAAUCCGACGAGCAAGCCAAUUGGUGUGACUCUCCUCCACGUGGACCCUCUUCAGUCGUUAACGGAGUUUCCAACUACAACACUUCAGUCACUGCGCUUUCUGAGGACAACGAGAGACUCAGAAGAAGCAACAACAUGCUCAUGUCCGAACUUGCACACAUGAAAAAGCUCUACAACGAUAUUAUCUACUUCGUUCAGAACCACGUUAAGCCAGUGGCUCCAAGCAACUCUUACUCUUCUUCUUUUAUACUAUGCAAUACACCACAAGCAACUCCAAUAAGUAGCGGUAAUGUUUCCAUGAUGCAAAGGCCAAUGAACCAGCUUUUGGGGUAUUAUUCUACUAACCCUAAGCAAGCCACCACUCACUCUCAACCUCAACCUCAAACAUAUGUAGUGAACUCUCCCACUAACACAUCAAGGAGCUCCAUAACGAUUGUUGAAGGACCUAGCAGUAACAGCUGCAAGACUAAGCUUUUUGGGGUGUCUUUGCAGUCCAAGAAAAGGGUGCACCCUGAUUAUGGAUCUAAUAAUCCCACUAAUUCGGAGACCAACAAGGCUCGUUUGGUUUUGGAAAAGGACGACUUGGGCUUGAAUCUCAUGCCUCCCUCCACUUGUUAG